CUCCGCUGUUUACGCACACACACGAAGCCCGUUGGAGCAUCGGUGCGCGGCGCGUCUCUAUGGCUGCUGUGGACUGACGGAGCGCAGCCGGACAGUGAGCGCUCAUCAGCGGCCAUGGCUGAAGGAGGAGACGCGGAGGAUGAGAUCCAGUUCUUGCGGACCGAUGAUGAGGUGGUCCUGCAGUGUGUGGCGUGUAUUCAGAAAGAAAACCGGAAGUUCUGUCUGAGCGCUGAGGGUUUGGGAAACCGUCUCUGUUAUCUGGAGCCCACAUCAGAGGCCAAGUAUUAUCCUCCAGAUGUGUGUAUCUGUAGUUUCGUGCUGGAGCAGUCUCUGUCCGUGCGUGCACUGCAGGAGAUGCUCGCCAAAACUGGACAAAACAAUGACCAAUUCAUUAGAAAGGCGGCUCACAGCGCAGGACACAGAACAUUACUGUACGGUCACGCCAUCCUCCUCAGACACUCCUUCAGUGGAAUGUAUCUGAACUGUUUGAAGACAUCCAGAUCAAUGACAGAUAAAUUAUCCUUUGACGUCGGACUGCAAGAGGAUUCAACAGGUGAAGCCUGCUGGUGGACCAUUCACCCGGCGUCCAAGCAGAGAUCUGAAGGAGAGAAAGUUCGUAUCGGUGAUGAUCUCAUUCUCGUCAGUGUUUCAUCCGAACGCUAUCUUCAUCUGUCCAUAUCCAACGGCAACAUUCAGGUGGAUGCAUCUUUCAUGCAGACGCUGUGGAAUGUGCAUCCCAUCUGUUCAGGAAGCAGCGUGGAGGAAGGAUAUCUUCUUGGCGGGCACGUGUUGCGUCUGUUUCAUGGUCAUGAUGAGGUUCUGACCAUCCCGGCCUCUGAUCAGAGUGAAGAAGAACAGAGGAUAGUGAACUAUGAGACGGGGAAAGCGGGAGCUAAAGCGAGAUCUCUGUGGAGGCUGGAGCCGUUACGCAUCAGCUGGUGUGGCAGUCACAUCCGCUGGGGUCAACCCUUCCGUCUCCGUCACCUGACCACCGGUCACUAUCUGGCCCUGACGGAGGACAGAGGGGUCGUUCUACAGGACCGCGAGAGAUCAGACACCUCGUCUACAGCGUUCUGCUUCAGAGCGUCUAAGGAGAAGCUGGACUGCAGUGUGAAGCGUGAUGUUGAGGGGAUGGGCGUGGCAGAGAUCAAGUACGGAGAUUCUCUGUGUUUUGUGAUGCACGUGGCGACGGGCCUGUGGCUGUCCUAUCAGGCGCCUGAUGUCAAAUCAACACGUCUGGGUCCUCUGAAACGACGAGUGUGUCUUCACUCAGAGGGACAUAUGGAUGAUGGUCUGACCUUACAGCGAUGUCAACAUGAGGAAUCGAGAGCCGCGCGAAUCAUUCGCAACACAACACGACUCUUUAGUACCUUCAUCAGAGAGCUCGAGAGUUUGAGCGGCAAGAACCGUGUGUUUGUGGUUCUGCCCAUUGAAGAAGUUCUUCAGACACUCAAUGAUCUGAUUGCGUACUUCAGACUGCCCGAUGCUGAACUGGAACAUGAGAAAAAACAGAUUCAACUGCGUUCCCUGAAGAACCGACAGAACCUCUUCAAACAGGAGGGAAUGCUGUCUCUGGUGUCUAACUGCAUCGAUCGCUUGAGUGUUUAUAACAGCGCCGCUCAUUUUGGUGAACACGCUGGUGAAGAGGCAGCUGCAGCGUGGAAAGACAUUCUCAACCUGCUCUAUGAGCUGCUGGCUUCUCUCAUACGGGGAAACAGAAAUAACUGCACACAGUUUUCACAGAAUCUGGACUGGUUGGUCAGUAAACUGGAGAGGCUAGAAUCAUCUUCAGGGAUCUUGGAGGUUCUUCACUGUAUUCUGAUCGAGAGUCCUGAAGCUCUGAACGUCAUCCAGAGAGGACACAUCAAGACCAUCAUCUCUCUUCUCUACAAACACGGACGAAACCACAAGAUUCUGGACGUUCUCUGCUCUCUGUGUGUGUGUAACGGCGUCGCCGUGAGAGCCAAUCAGAAUCUCAUCUGUGAUCACCUGCUGUCCAGACGAGACCUCCUCCUGCAGACGCGAUUGGUCAACGACGUCCAGAGCAUGCGGCCCAACAUCUUUGUGGGAGUCAGUGAGGGUUCAGAUCAGUACAGGAGGUGGUAUUUCGAGUUGGUGAUCGAUCACGUGGAUCAUUUCAUGACCGGCGAGCCCUCGCACCUGCGGGUGGGUUGGGCCUCCACGAAAGGUUACGCCCCUUACCCAGGAGGAGGAGAGGGCUGGGGGGCUAACGGAGUCGGAGAUGAUCUGUACUCGUAUGGCUUCGAUGGACUGCACCUGUGGUCGGGGCGGAUCUCUCGUACCGUAGCGUCCGUGAAGCAGCACGUGUUGACGUCUGAUGAUGUGGCGAGCUGCUGUAUGGAUCUGAACGCUCCCAGCAUCUCCUUCAGGAUCAACGGCCAGCCGGUUCAGGGCAUGUUUGAGAACUUCAACACCGACGGGCUGUUUUUCCCUGUGGUCAGCUUCUCUGCUGGGGUCAAGGUGCGUUUCCUGUUAGGUGGUCGUCACGGUGAAUUUAAGUUCCUGCCGCCGGCCGGUUACGCGCCGUGUUACGAGGCUCUGCUGCCUAAAGAGAAGAUGAGGGUGGAGCCAGUGAAGGAAUACAAACGAGAUGUGGGUGGAGUCAGAGAUUUACUGGGAAACACCCAUUUCACAUCACAGGCCUCGUUUAUACCUAAACCCGUGGACACGUCUCAGACCGUGAUGCCUCCUCACCUGGAGAAGGUUCGAGAUCGACUCGCCGAGAACAUUCAUGAGCUGUGGGGUAUGAACAAGAUCGAGAUGGGCUGGUCAUACGGGAAGAUCCGAGAGGAUAAUAAACGUCAGCAUCCGUGUCUGGUGGAUUUCUCCAAACUGCCAGAGACAGAGAGGAGCUACAACAUACAGAUGUCAACAGAAACGCUGAAGACACUUCUGGCUUUGGGUUGUCAUGUAGUUCAGGUGAAGGUCAAUGCCGAAGAAGACCUGAAGAAACUCAAACUGCCUAAGAACUACAUGAUGUCUAACGGUUAUAAACCAGCGCCGCUGGACCUGUCUGAUGUCAAACUGACCCCAGGUCAGGAGCUGCUGGUGGAUAAACUGACAGAAAAUGCCCACAACGUCUGGGCCAAAGAUCGCGUCAAACAGGGCUGGACCUACGGCAUACAGCAGGAUGUGAAGAGCAAGCGAAACCCUCGCCUGGUGCCGUACGCUUUACUCGACGAGCGAACCAAGAAGUCAAACCGCGACAGCCUCCGGGAAGCCAUCCGCACUCUGAUUGGAUACGGCUACAGCGUCGAGCCGCCCGACCAAGACGCUGGUCACGUGGUGGAGCGGUUGAGCAUCGAUAAGAUCCGCUUCUUCCGUGUUGAGCGGACGUAUGCGGUGAAGACGGGGAAGUGGUAUUUCGAGUUCGAGGUGGUGACGGGUGGAGACGUGCGGGUGGGCUGGGCUCGGCCCGGCUGUAAGCCCGACGUGGAGCUCGGAACAGAUGAUCAAGCGUACGUCUUUGAUGGACACCGGGGUCAUCGACUCCACAUGGGCGGUCGGCUCUUCGGUCGCUGCUGGCACGCGGGUGACGUUGUGGGUUGUAUGAUCAACAUGGAGGACAAAUCCAUGAUCUUCACCCUCAACGGAGAAAUCCUGAUCACUAACAAGGGCUCAGAACUCUGUUUCGCUGACUUUGACCUCGAUGACGGUUUCAUUCCGGUCUGCAGUUUAGGACUUUCUCAGGUCGGCCGUAUGAAUCUGGGGAAAGACGCCAGCACGUUUAAAUACUACACAAUGUGUGGACUGCAGGAGGGCUUUAGACCUUUCGCCGUCAACAUGAAUCGUGAGGUGACCAUGUGGUUCAGUAAACGUCUGCCCACCUUCUUCAACGUGCCGAGAGACCACAGCGACAUCGCGGUGACCAGGAUUGACGGUACUGUCGACAGUCCGCCCUGUCUGAAGGUCACUCAUAAGACGUUCGGGACUCAGAACAGUAACUCAGACAUGGUGUUCUUCAGACUGAGCAUGCCCGUAGACUUUCACUCCGCCUUCAGAAGCUCCACCAGCCACAUGAACGGAGUCUAUGAGGAGGAGCCGCUGAAACUCAGACACAGGCAUCCGGUGAAGUCGAUGAAACACUCAGAGGAGAGCAGAAGAAUCGACUACAGCAGCAUCACCACGUAUUAUCAUUCAGUCCGAAUAUUCGCCGGUCAGGAUCCGUCCUGCGUGUGGGUCGGUUGGGUCACCCCCGACUAUCAUUACUACAGCAACAACUUUAACCUCAGUAAGAACCGCACCGUGACGGUGACCCUCGGAGACGAGAGGGGUCGCGUGCAUGAGAGCGUCAAGAGGAACAACUGCUACAUGGUUUGGUGUGGAGAUGUCGGCAGCGCGGGGCAGACCGCCGGCAGAAGUAAUGCAGAUUUAGAGAUGGGCUGUCUUAUCAAUGUGGCCACCGGUCUGUUGACCUUCAGCGUGAACGGCAAAGAGCUUCCAACUUCACACCAGGUGGAGCCCAGCACAAAACUCUUUCCCGCUGUGUUCGUGCGUCCCACAAGCUCCAGUCUGUUCCAGUUUGAACUGGGCAAAAUCAAGAACACCAUGCCUUUAUCAUCAGCCAUCUUUAAGAGUGAACACAAGAACCCGGUUCCUCAGUGUCCACCGCGUCUGGACGUCCAGACCAUCAACUCGGUGCUGUGGAGCCGAAUGCCAAACAUAUUCCUGAAGGUGGAGACGUCCCGGAUCAGUGAGAGACACGGAUGGAUGGUCCAGUGUCAGGAACCCCUGCAGAUGCUCGCUGUACACAUCCCUGAGGAGAACCGUUGUGUGGACAUCAUGGAGCUGUCGGAGCAGGAGGAACUGCGUAAGUUCCACUAUCACACGCUGAAGCUUUACUGCGCUCUGUGCGCUCACGGCAACACGCGUGUCUCUCACGCCCUGUGCAGCCACCUCGACCAAUCCCAGCUCCUGUACACCAUCGACAACCAAUACCUGUCCGGCAUGCUGCGCGAGGGCUUCUACGACGUCCUCAUCAGCGUCCACCUGGAGACGGCCCGAGCUGCUCGCCUCAUGAUGAACAACGAGUUCAUCAUCCCCGUCACCGCCGAGACGCGCAGCAUCCUGCUCUUUCCGGACGCGUCCAAACGCCACCGGCCCCCCGGCGUGGGUCUCAGCACGUCCCUGAAGCCCAAACUCAACUUCGCACCUCCCUGUUUCAUCAGCGCUAAACGAAACCAGCACCUGUACAGCCCCGAGAUCCCGCUGGACGUGCUGAAGGAGAAAGCCAUCAGCAUGCUGACGGAGGCGGUUCAGGGCGGAGGAGAUCACAUCAGAGAUCCCGUGGGAGGAAGUGUGGAGUAUCAGUUCGUGCCCAUCCUGCGCCUCAUCAGUACUCUGCUCACCAUGGGCGUCCUGACCAGCCGAGACGUUCACAAGAUCUUACUGCUCAUCGAGCCCAACGUGUUCGGAGAACGCAAGGAGGAGGGCUCGAGAGAGACGGCGGUGAAGGAAGGUCUGACAGGAGCAGAGGAGAAGACCGUCGAGACCGGAGAAGAAGAACCAGUGAAGGGUAGAAAGGUCGUGAAGGGACUGCUGGAGAAGAAGUUACCUGAGUGUGUCAAACGACAGAUGUGUGAUCUGCUUCAUUAUUUCUGUGACUGUGAGUUGAGGCACAGGAUCGAGUCGAUCGUGUCGUUCUCCGACGGUUUCGUUUCCAAGCUGCAAUUCAACCAGAAGUUUCGCUAUAAUGAGCUGAUGCUCGCGCUCAACAUGUCUGCCGCCGUCACCGCCAAAAAGACCAAAGAGUUUCGCUCUCCUCCACAGGAACAGAUUAACAUGCUGUUGAAUUUUGACAUGGGCGAGGGCUGUCCGUGUCCAGAGGACAUACAGGAGGAACUCUAUGACUUUCACACUGAACUGCGGCUACACUGCGGAAUCCCAGCGGAGGAACCCAAGGAGCAUGAAGACACGUCUAUUAAAGGUCGUCUGCUCGCGCUGGUCUAUAAGAUCAAAGGUCAACCGCAGAAAUCUGACUCACAGCCCAGAGAGAAAGAGCAAACAGCACCAACCAAUCUGAAGGAGCUGAUCUCUCAGACGAUGGUGAGCUGGGCUCAAGAGACACACAUUCAGGAUCCCGAGCUGGUGCGCGUGAUGUUCAGUCUGUUGAGGAGACAGUACGACAGCAUCGGCGAGCUGCUGAGAGCCAUGAGGAAGACGUACACCAUCAGCGCCGCCUCCGUGAGCGACACCAUCCACCUGCUGGCGUCACUGGGACAGAUCCGCUCGCUGCUGAGCGUCCGCAUGGGUAAAGAAGAGGAACAGCUCAUGAUUGACGGCUUGAGUGACAUCAUGAAUAACAAAGUCUUCUACCAGCAUCCGAACCUGAUGAGAGUUCUGGGGAUGCACGAGACAGUGAUGGAGGUGAUGGUGAAUGUGCUGGGAGGAGGAAAAUCACAGGAAAUCGCUUUUCCCAAAAUGGUAGCGAGCUGCUGUCGAUUCCUGUGUUACUUCUGUCGAAUCAGUCGUGAGAAUCAGAAAGCCAUGUUCGAUCAUUUGAGUUAUCUGCUGGAGAACAGCAGUGUUGGACUGGCGUCUCCAUCCAUGAGAGGAUCGACACCUUUAGACGUAGCGGCUUCAUCCGUCAUGGAUAAUAACAGUCUGGCCCUCGCGCUGGAGGAACCCGACCUCGACAAGGUGGUUACGUAUCUCGCCGGCUGUGGGCUGCAGAGUUGUUCCAUGCUUGUGGCUAAAGGAUAUCCAGAUAUCAGCUGGAACCCUAUCGAGGGUGAACGCUACCUUUCCUUCCUGCGGUUUGCUGUGUUUGUCAAAGGUGAGAGCGUGGAGGAGAACUCCAGCGUGGUGGUCAAGCUUCUGAUUCGCCGGCCGGAGUGUUUUGGCCCAGCCUUGCGAGGAGAGGGUGGAAACGGGUUGCUGGCGGCUAUGAAGGAGGCCAUAAAGAUCUCAGAGAACCCAGCGCUGGAUCUGCCCAGCACGGGCCCGGGUCACACGUCAGACACGUCCACUGAAGGUGAGGAAGAGGAGGAGGUGGUUCACAUGGGGAACGCCAUCAUGUCCUUCUACUCGGCUCUGAUCGAUCUGCUGGGCCGCUGCGCUCCUGAGAUGCACUUGAUCAAUAAAGGUAAAGGUGAAGCUCUGAGGAUUCGUGCCAUCCUGCGAUCUCUCGUGCCCAUUGAGGACCUGGUCGGCAUCAUCAGCAUCCCUCUGAAAAUGCCCGUGCUCAAUAAAGAUGGCAGCGUGACCGAGCCCGACGUGUCUGCCAGUUUCUGUCCGGACCACAAGGCUCCCAUGGUGCUGUUUUUGGAUCGUGUGUACGGCAUCGAGGAUCAGAGUUUCUUGCUGCAUCUGUUAGAGGUGGGAUUCCUGCCGGAUCUGAGGGCCGCUGCUUUACUCGACACGGAAUCUGUGCGGACGACCGAAAGCGCUCUUGCGAUGAACAGGUACAUCGGUUCUGCCAUGUUGCCUCUGCUCACGCGCUGCGCUCCUCACUUCACCGGUACAGAACAUCACGCCGCGCUCAUCGACUCGACGCUUUACACCAUCUACAGACUGUCCACGUGCUGUUCGCUCACCAAAGCUCAGAGAGACGCCAUUGAGGAGUGUUUACUGGCCGUCUGCAGGUAUCUCAGGCCGUCCAUGUUACAGCCUCUCUUACGCCGACUGGUGUUUGACGUGCCAUCGUUGUCCGAAUACUGUAAGAUGCCUCUGAAGUUGUUAUCGAAUCAUUACGAGCAGAAUUGGAAGUAUUACUGCCUCCCGUCAGGCUGGGGCGGUCACGGUCUGCCGUCUGAAGAAGAGCUUCUGCUCACCAAGAAGAUCUUCUGGGGCAUCUUUGAUUCUCUCUCUCAGAAGACGUACGAUCAGGAGCUGUUUAAAAUGGCCAUGCCGUGUCUGAGCGCCAUCGCCGGAGCUCUUCCACCCGAUUACAUCGACCCGUCGCUCAGCACCGCGCUGGAGAAACACGAGUCUGUGGACGCGCAGGGCAACUUUGACCCCAGACCCAUUAACACGGCCAACGUUUGUCUGCCGGAGAAGCUGGAAUACAUCGCCAACAAAUACACUGAACAUUGUCAUGAGAAAUGGGCUGCAGAGAAGGUCAUGUUGGGCUGGAAAUACGGAGAGAAUGUAGAUGAGAAAUUCAAAACACACCCAAUGAUGAGGUCCUACAAAGCUCUCACAGAGAAGGAGAAAGAGACGUACCGCUGGAGCGUCAGUGAGUCACUGAAGAGCAUGUUGGCAAUGGGCUGGACUAUAGACCGAACCAAAGAAGGAGAAAUGACCUUUCAGCUGAGAGAGAUUGAGAAGAUGCGCAGGACGUCUCAGGUGUCUCAGGGUAACGGCUACAGCCCGACACCGUUGGACAUGAGCAACGUGCCUCUCUCACGAGAACUCCAGGUGAGACCCAGGUCUCAGUCGAUGGUGGAAGUUCUGGCCGAAAACUAUCACAACAUCUGGGCCAAGAAGAAGAAGAGCGACCUAGGAGCCAAAGGUGGCACUCAUCCUCUUCUCGUGCCGUACGACACGCUCACAGCUAAAGAGAAAGUCAAAGAUCGUGAGAGAGCCCAGGAUCUGUUCCGCUUCCUGCAGAUUAACGGACAUUCGGUCAGCAGGGGUUUGAAGGACAUAGAACAGGACUCCUCCUCCAUGGAGAAACGCUUUGCUUAUAAAUUUCUCAAGAAGUUGCUGAAGUAUGUGGAUUCUGCGCAGGAAUUCAUCGCUCAUCUCGAGGUGAUGGCCAGCAGUGGACAAAACAACAGAUCUCCACAUGAACAGGAGAUCAAAUUCUUUGCUAAGGUUCUCUUGCCUCUCAUAGAUCAGUACUUCAAGAAUCACUCGCUCUACUUUCUGUCCUCGGCCACCAAGACACUGAGCAGCAGUGGAUACGCCUCUAAUAAAGAAAAAGAGAUGGUGACCAGUCUCUUCUGUAAGCUGGCCGCUCUGGUUAGACACAGGAUCUCUCUCUUUGGAAGUGACUCCACCACUAUGGUCAGCUGUCUUCACAUCCUCGCACACACAUUAGACACCAGGACGGUGAUGAAGUCGGGAUCUGAACUGGUUAAAGCGGGUUUGAGGAUGUUCUUUGAGAACGCAGCAGAAGAUCUGGAGAAGACGUUGGAGAAUCUGAAGUUGGGGAAGUUCACUCACUCUCGCAGUCAGAUGAAGGGAGUUUCUCAGAACAUCAACUACACCACCGUUGCUCUUCUGCCCAUCCUCACGGCUCUGUUUGAACACAUCACGGAACAUCAGUUCGGCUCGGAUCUGCUGCUGGAUGAUGUGCAGGUGUCGUGUUAUAGAAUUCUGUCCAGUUUAUAUUCACUGGGAACUGGAAAGAACAUCUAUGUGGAGCGGCAGUUGCCGGCGUUGGGCGAGUGUUUGGCGACUCUCGCGGGUGUGAUUCCCGUGGCGUUCUUAGAGCCUCCGCUGAACAAACACAACAUCUACUCCGUGUUUAACACGAAGACGUCUCGUGAGCGUGCAGUCGCAGGAAUGCCGGAGUGUGUGGAGGACAUGUGUCCUGAGCUCCCUCGUCUGGACGGUCUGAUGAAGGACAUUAAUGACAUGUCUGAGUCCGGCGCUCGAUACGCAGAGAUGCCUCACGUCAUUGAGGUGGUUCUGCCCAUGCUCUGUAACUAUCUGUCAUACUGGUGGGAGAAAGGACCAGAGAACUGUCCUGAGAGCAGAGCGUCCGUCUGCAGCACCACUGUCACAUCGGAACAUCUCAGCAUCAUCCUGGGCAACAUCCUCAAGAUCCUCAACAGUAACCUGGGCAUUGACGAAGCCUCCUGGAUGAAACGCAUCGCAGUUUACGCUCAGCCCAUCAUCAGCAAAGCCCGCGCCAACCUGCUGAAAGCUCACUUUCUGCCCACGCUGGAGAAGCUGAAGAAGAAAACGGUGAAGGUGGUGGCGGAGGAGGAGCUUCUGAAGGCUGACGGCAAGGGCGACACCCAGGAGGCGGAGCUUCUGAUUCUGGAUGAGUUUGCGGUGCUCUGCAGAGAUCUGUACGCUUUCUACCCGAUGCUCAUCCGCUACGUGGACAACAACAGGUCUCGUUGGCUGAAGGAACCCGACGCCGAUUCACACGAACUCUUCAAGAUGGUGGCAGAAAUUUUCAUCCUUUGGUGUAAAUCACACAAUUUCAAGAGAGAAGAGCAGAACUUUGUGGUUCAGAAUGAGAUUAACAACCUCUCGUUUCUCACUGGCGACAGUAAAACCAAGAUGUCGAAGUCGUAUCUGCAGAAGUCAGGAGGUCAGGACCAGGAGCGGAAGCACAAGAAGCGUCGUGGUGAUUUUUACUCCAUCCAAACCUCUCUGAUCGUGGCGGCGCUGAAGAAGAUGCUGCCCAUCGGUCUGAACAUGUGCACGCCGGGCGAUCAGGAGCUCAUCAUGCUGGCCAAGACUCGACACGGCCUGAAGGACACAGAUGAGGAGGUGAAGGAACACAUCAGGCAGAAUCUGCAUCUCCAGGAGAAGUCAGAUGAUCCUGCUGUACGCUGGCAGCUCAAUCUUUAUAAAGACGUGAUUGUGAAGAGCGAGGGACCUCCAGACCCGGAGACAACGGUCCAGCGGAUCCACAGGAUCUCAGCGGCUGUGUUUCACCUCGAGCAGGUUGAACAGCCGUUAAGAUCUAAGAAGUGUGUUUGGCAGAAGCUGUUGUCUAAACAGAGGAAGCGAGCUGUGGUUGCGUGUUUCAGGAUGGCACCGCUGUACAACCUGCCCCGGCACCGCUCCAUUAAUCUGUUCCUCACGGGCUAUCUGCGCCUCUGGAUAGAGGCCGAGACUUACGCGUUUGAGGAGAAACUAGUGCAGGAUCUGUCUAAGACACAACCGAAGACAGAUGAGGAGGAAGAUGAGAUCAGAGAGACACAACCAGAUCCUCUUCAUCAACUCAUACUGCACUUCAGUCAUAAUGCACUGACAGAACGCAGUUCUGUGGAGGAUGAUCAGCUGUACGUGGCUUACGCAGACAUGAUGGCGAAGAGCUGUGCUGAGAAUGAGGAAGAUGAUGAUGAAGAGAAAGAGAAAACAUUUGAGGAGAAGGAGAUGGAGAAGCAGAAGACUCUCUAUCAACAGGCUCGACUUCAUGACAGAGGAGCAGCAGAAAUGGUGCUACAGAUGAUCAGUUCUAGUAAAGGGCGUUUGGGUCGGAUGGUCACGUUCACACUGAAACUGGGCAUCUCUAUUCUGAACGGAGGAAACAUGUUAGUUCAGCAGAAAAUGCUGGACUAUCUGAAGGAGAAACGAGAUGUGGGAUUUUUCAAGAGUUUGUCUGGACUCAUGCAGUCGUGCAGUGUUCUGGAUCUGAACGCAUUCGAGCGUCAGAACAAAGCUGAAGGUUUGGGGAUGGUCACUGAAGAAGGUUGCAUCAACAUGAGAGAACGGGGUUCCAAAGUUCUUCAGAAUGAUGAGUUUACCAAAGAUCUUUUCAGGUUUCUGCAGCUGUUAUGUGAAGGACAUAAUAACGAUUUUCAGAACUUCCUCAGAACACAAACAGGAAACACGACCACAGUUAAUAUCAUCAUAAGCACUGUGGACUAUCUGCUCAGACUGCAGGAAUCCAUCAGUGAUUUUUACUGGUAUUACUCUGGUAAAGACGUCAUGGAUACAGCGGGGCAGCGUAAUUUCUCCAAAGCUCUUGCCGUAGCGAAACAGAUCUUCAAUUCACUCACUGAAUACAUCCAGGGUCCGUGUAUUGGGAAUCAGCAGAGUUUGGCUCACAGCAGACUCUGGGAUGCUGUUGUUGGAUUUCUUCAUGUUUUUGCUAACAUGCAAAUGAAGCUGUCACAGGACUCCAGUCAGAUCGAGCUGUUGAAGGAGCUGUUGGAUCUUCAGAAGGAUAUGAUUGUCAUGAUGUUGUCACUGCUGGAAGGUAAUGUUGUGAACGGGACUAUCGGUAAACAGAUGGUGGACACUCUCGUGGAAUCCUCCAGCAAUGUGGAGAUGAUCCUGAAGUUCUUCGACAUGUUCCUCAAGCUGAAAGAUUUGACCACCUCCGACAGCUUCAAAGAGCACGACCCCGACCGUAAAGGUGUCAUCUCCAAGAAAGAGUUUCAGAAGUCCAUGGAGAGCCAGAAGCAGUACUCGCAGUCUGAGAUCGAUUUCCUGCUGUCCUGCGCCGAGGCCGACGAGAACGACAUGUUCAACUACGAGGAGUUCGUCGAGCGCUUCCACGAACCGGCCAAGGACAUCGGCUUCAACAUGGCGGUUCUGCUCACCAACCUAUCGGAGCACAUGCCCCACGACGCCCGUCUCGCCACCUUCCUGAACCUGGCCGAAAGCGUCCUGAACUACUUCGAGCCCUUCCUGGGCCGCAUCGAGAUCAUAGGUGGAGCUAAGAGAAUCGAGAGGGUUUACUUCGAGAUCAGCGAGUCCAGCAGAACUCAGUGGGAAAAACCGCAGGUCAAGGAGUCCAAGCGGCAGUUCAUCUUCGAUGUCGUCAACGAGGGCGGAGAAUCCGAGAAGAUGGAGCUGUUCGUCAACUUCUGCGAGGACACCAUCUUCGAGAUGCAGCUGGCAUCUCUGAUCUCCGAGCCGGACGCUGCGGAGAGGCCGGAGGAGGACGAUGAUGACGACGCACAGAGUGUGACUGAGAAUCAAGAGGAGGAGGAAGACGAAGCGGCGUUGGAGUCGUCCUCUGCGUUCACUCUGGCCUGCGUCUCCAUGAGGAAGAGUCUGUCAAACCUCAGACAGAUGCUGUCACUGAAAAGCAUGAGACGACAGUACCGAAAGCUGAGGAAGAUGAGCGUGAAGGAGCUGAUACGAGGCUUCUUCUGCUUCUUCUGGACCCUCUUCGUCGGCACGUUCCGCUUCCUCAUCAAUCUGGUGUGGGGUUUCUUUCACAUCCUCUGGUCCACCCUGUUCGGCGGAGGUCUGGUGGAAGGAGCCAAGAACAUGAAGGUGACGGAUAUCCUGGGGAACAUGCCCGAUCCCACGCAGUUUGGGAUCCACGGUGACGUUCUGGAUAUGGAGAAGCUGGAAUACUGCGACGCGUCUCAGGUGUCCGAGCUCGGGUGCGAGGCGGCCGGUGAGCGGGUGGAAAUGGACCUGAUGUCAGAACUGAUGAACGUUCAGCCCAGGAGAGAGGGAGGCAAACACGGGAUGGAGCCGGGACUGGGAGACGUGUCUGAGGUGGUCGGGGUGGACGCUCCUUCAUUGGCCAGCGCUGUUCACCAGAAGAAAGCUCAGGAAGCUGCGAUGACCGCCGCAGAGUCUGAAACCAAAUGGGAGUCCGAGAAGGCCGAUGUUGAAGACAGAGAGAAGACAGAUCAGGGCAGGAGAGAUGAACCCGUGGCAGGGCCAGCAGCAGAUGAAGAGAGGAAGCCUGUGAAGAACAGACGUGGGCAGAAGAAAGAAGCGCCUGACGCCUGCAUGGCUUCAUUUUUAGCCGGUCUGGACGUCUAUCAGACUAAAAUGCUGAAUUAUCUGGCUAGAAACUUUUACAACCUGCGUUUUCUGGCUCUGUUUGUGGCUUUUGCCAUCAACUUCAUUCUGCUCUUCUACAAGGUGACAGGCGAGGACUCUGAUGAUUUGGAUCCGUGGGUUCGGCGCGGUGGUGAUGGUGAUGAUGCUGAUGAAGGUGUUGUGGAGUAUUUUGUUCUUCAGGAGAGCAGUGGUUAUAUGGCUCCGACUCUCCGCUUCCUCGCUGUCAUGCACACGCUCAUCUCCUCUCUCUGUGUGCUGGGAUAUUAUUAUCUGAAGGUUCCGUUGGUGGUCUUCAAGCGUGAGAAGGAGAUCGCACGUAAGCUGGAGUUUGAUGGGCUGUACAUCACUGAGCAGCCGUCAGACGAUGAUAUAAAAGGACAGUGGGACAGACUCGUCAUUAACACACCAUCUUUCCCCAACAACUACUGGGACAAAUUCGUGAAACGCAAGGUGAUAAACAAGUACGGAGAUCUGUACGGUGCCGAGCGGAUCGCAGAACUGCUGGGUUUGGAUAAAAGCGCUCUGGAUUUUAAUCCCACCGAAGACGCGGUUAUGAAAGACGCCUCGCUGCUGUCCUGGUUAAGCUCCAUUGACACCAAGUAUCACGUGUGGAAGAUGGGCGUGGUCUUCACAGAUAACUCUUUCCUGUAUCUGGUCUGGUACACCACUAUGUCUGUACUGGGACAUUAUAAUAACUUCUUCUUCGCCGCGCAUCUGUUGGACAUCGCCAUGGGCUUUAAAACCCUGCGGACCAUCCUGUCAUCGGUCACACACAACGGCAAACAGUUGGUGUUGACGGUCGGUCUGCUGGCUGUGGUCGUCUAUCUCUACACCGUUGUGGCUUUCAACUUUUUCCGCAAGUUCUACAACAAGAGUUCAGACGAGGAAGAGCCCGACAUGAAGUGUGAUGAUAUGAUGACUUGUUACCUGUUUCACAUGUACGUUGGCGUCCGUGCUGGUGGAGGUAUUGGAGAUGAAAUCGAGGACCCCGCGGGCGACCCGUAUGAACUCUACCGCAUUCUGUUUGACAUCACGUUUUUCUUCUUUGUGAUUGUUAUACUGCUGGCUAUCAUACAAGGUUUGAUCAUCGACGCGUUCGGAGAGUUGAGAGAUCAGCAGGAACAGGUCAAAGAAGACAUGGAGACUAAAUGUUUCAUCUGUGGGAUCGGUAACGAGUAAUUCGACACGACGCCACAUGGCUUUGAGACUCACACGCUGCAGGAACACAAUCUUGCCAACUACCUAUUUUUCUUGAUGUACCUGAUCAACAAGGACGAGACCGAACACACCGGUCAGGAGUCAUACGUGUGGAAGAUGUAUCAGGAGAGAUGUUGGGACUUCUUUCCCGCCGGGGAUUGUUUCCGUAAGCAGUAUGAAGAUCAGCUGGGCUAGACCGGAUCCAGAAACGAUCCGUCCAACCUUGUCUUCGACCCGAACUCGUUUCCUUACCAUGACACAACAGCACACGCAGGACCGACGUUACCUCGAAAUAAAACGACAGCCGUGCCAAUCCAGUGGAACCUCCUUCGCUUCUCUCCGGACAUUUUCUUUUGUUCGUUUUCGGUGAGAAAAACAAACUCAAACAACUCGUUGCCUUCUUUGACCCAUUGCACAACGUCUCUCACGUGAAACUCUCGGACGCGUGGGGUUAUCGAUCGACUUCUCCACCGUAUAUGCACAAGAAAAUCUUCUUCGGUAUUUGGAGAGCAUGAUGCCAAAAGCGCCGGAUCGGAUGAUAUUUAUUUUAGAUUUUCUUUCAACUGCCUGCUGAUG